UAAAUAUGUGAGGAUAAGUAGCGUCAACGCUCUUCGGUUCGCUUCCCUCCUAAGCACCCCCUUUUCGCCGCCGCCCCAUCGCCGUAGCCCUCGAGGUUUCUCCGAUCGCUGGCGAGACGUCCCCCGCGGCUUCAUCGGCCGAUGAGCCGCUGCCCUGUUGUCUCUAGUACAAUACGAUGGUGUCAAGGUCUGUAGUGCUUGUUUUCCUGUUGGUGAUACUCAUAGUCACAUCCCAGUUUGAAUGGAAGCAACAGCUUGUCAAUGAAUUGGAAUCUACAUCCGACAUCCAGAAACAUAUUUCAAGUAGAGAAGAGCUUGUCAAGGAUAAGAUAAUCUUAUCUCAAGAAAAGAUGAUUCAGAGAUUGAAUGAUUUCAUCUGGAAUCUUCAGCAACAGUUGCUGCAAUGCCGUGGCAAUAAUAUGACAGUCAAUUCUUCAGGAGCUUCUUUGACAUCUUAUAUUAGUGAGAUCCAGAGGCAGCAGAUGAUGGAUGAUUGAUAAGUCGUGAGCUAUGGUGAUAAACACAUGGGACAUUAAUACAGAAUCAUGCUGGUAGCCAAUUUCUCCUAGUAAAAGUGGUUAGAAUGUAGUAUUAGCCUGCACAGAAUAGUAAUAGAUCGGUUGAAAAGAAAAAGGAAAGCUGAUCCUUUUAAAAUCUGUGUUAUUUUAUUUUCCCCUUUCUCUUUUAUAUCUAAGAGAAUCUUUAUAUGUAUUCUUUUUGUUAUGGUUAUGUAUAAAUGUUUAUAACAUAAGCUUCAUAUUCUAUUCUCCAUAAAAUUUGCCAUUUGAGAA